GCUACUAGGGUGUCUGAUGCAUGAUUUGAUCACCACCCCAAAAAUCUCUCUCUCUCUCUCUCUCAUCUCUUACAUCUCCAAGAAAACAUCAAACUAAUCCAAGUUGCCAUAAAGGAAAAUUGAAACUUUCUUUUCUUUUCUUUUCUUUUCCUUCUCUUUCUCUCCAUAUACAUAUAUAUCUUCCCAUGUCUUGCAUAUGAUUCUUAACCCUAAACCAAUCCUUAAGAAACCAACCAAAAAGACACCAAUAACAUCUCACAAAUAUGCCUGCUGCAGCUUCCCUGCAACUCCAAAGAACCACCGCCACAACCACCGCUCUCCCUUGCCACAAGCACUCUCCACCCACCGUCAUAUGGCGGGUUCCUCUCAUUUGGGAUUCUUCUUCUGUUCCUGAUUAUGUUUCUUGCUACCAUACUCGUAGCGUUGGACCUAACCAGUGCUGCUCCGCUGUCGUCAAGAUUAUAAAUGCACCUGUCUCCACCGUCUGGUCUAUUGUUCGCCGUUUCGAUAACCCUCAAGCUUAUAAACACUUUGUCAAGAGCUGUCAUCUCAUCAACGGUGAUGGAGAUAUAGGCACACUCAGGCAGGUUCAUGUGGUGUCUGGACUUCCUGCUGAGUCAAGUACUGAGAGACUUGAGAUUCUUGAUGAUGAACGUCAUGUCUUGAGCUUUAGCGUGAUUGGCGGCAACCACCGGCUAAAUAAUUACCGAUCAGUGACCACGCUCCACGCUUCUCCGGGUGAAAACGGUACGGUUGUUAUUGAAUCAUAUGUGGUUGAUAUACCGGCAGGGAAUACAAAGGAAGAUACAUGUAGCUUCGCCGAUACAAUUGUACGGUGCAACUUGGAAUCUCUGGCUCAGAUGUCUGAGAACAUGGCCAAGAACACCCAGAUAAAGAUAUCAUCUCCAUCGCCAUCAUCAUCUUGAAUUGAUUGUUUUGAAAUGGGUUCUUUCAUAAAUUUUUUGUUUUCGAUUCAGGUUUGGAUUUGAUCAUCAGAUCAAUCAUAGAUAGCCAAUGCCAGAAUCGAAAAUUCGUAGAUCCACAUAUAUAUUGGCUCUUGAAGGUGUUUAUAGUAUUUUGAUAUGCUCUCUGCCAACUUUGUUUUCCUUCGAGAUAGCUUCCACAUUAGCAUACAAUCAUAGUUUUUCAUUUCAUGUCCUUUUUCUUUUUCCUUUUAAAGUUCUUUUUCUCUUGCUGUUGUUGUUGUUCAUCAAGGGAGAAAGCUGUCGAGUUUUAAGUCUGUGUACAUAUAUUGGUGUCCAAAUUCUUAUUUCUUUUUUUUUUUUUUUAUUUUUCCUUGUUUCUGUAUCUGAUCUCCCUUGCCAUUAUUGUACAUGUUAUGUAUUUCUUUAUGAGAACUAUGUUAAAGAGAGUUAAUUAAGGAGA